UCUCGAGCUCGCUCGCUCUCCCUCUCCCCGAGCCGUGGAAAGGAUCCCACUUCCGGUGGGGUGUCAUGGCGGCGUCUCGGACUGUGAUGGCUGAGGGGAGACGGCGCUAGUGGGGAGAGCCACCCACAGGCGCCCUCCCCUCCCCGGGCUCCCCUCCCCACCCCUCCCCCAGUCUCCUCGCCAACGCCCCCUUCCCCUGUCCCCCUCCCGGCGGGCCGCGCGGGGGCCCCCCCGUCCCCACCCCCGUGGGAACGCUAGCUGCCCGCACUCCUCAGCCGCUCAGCUCGCCGCUGCCCUCACCUCCGCGCCGCCCGCCCGCCCUCCGGCGGGCCCCGGACGCCGGCCCUCCACCGCCCCCGGGUCGCGGGGAGGACAUGGCCGCACACAGGCCGGUGGAAUGGGUCCAGGCCGUGGUCAGCCGCUUCGACGAGCAGCUUCCAAUAAAAACAGGACAGCAGAGCACACACACCAAAGUCAGCACUGAGCACAACAAGGAGUGUCUGAUCAACAUCUCCAAGUACAAGUUUUCUCUGGUCAUCAGUGGGCUCACCACCAUCCUGAAGAGCGUUAACAACAUGAGGAUAUUUGGAGAAGCUGCUGAAAAAAAUUUGUAUCUCUCUCAGUUGAUCAUAUUGGAUACACUGGAAAAAUGUCUUGCUGGGCAACCAAAGGACACAAUGAGAUUAGAUGAGACAAUGCUGGUCAAACAAUUACUACCAGAAAUCUGCCAUUUUCUUCACACCUGCCGUGAAGGAAACCAACAUGCGGCCGAACUUCGGAACUCUGCUUCUGGGGUUCUAUUUUCUCUCAGCUGCAACAACUUCAAUGCAGUCUUUAGUCGCAUUUCUACAAGGUUACAGGAGUUGACUGUCUGUUCAGAAGAUAAUGUUGAUGUUCAUGAUAUAGAACUGUUACAGUAUAUCAAUGUGGAUUGUGCAAAAUUAAAACGACUUCUGAAGGGCUAUCACCAGAAGAUGUGGUACAGAUUUAGGGCUUUUUGGAACUGGGUAGAAAAUUAUCCGGAUGAAUUUACAAAGCUAUACCAAAUUCCGCAGACAGAUAUGGCUGAGUGUGCAGAAAAGCUGUUUGACUUAGUGGAUGGUUUUGCAGAAAGCACCAAACGUAAAGCAGCAGUUUGGCCACUGCAAAUCAUUCUCCUUAUUUUGUGUCCAGAAAUAAUCCAGGACAUAUCCAAGGAUGUGGUGGAUGAGAACAACAUAAACAAGAAGCUGUUUCUGGACAGUUUACGGAAAGCACUUGCUGGCCAUGGAGGAAGCAGACAGCUGACGGAAAGUGCUGCCAUUGCUUGUGUCAAGCUGUGUAAAGCAAGCACUUACAUCAACUGGGAGGACAACUCUGUCAUCUUCCUGCUGGUUCAGUCCAUGGUGGUGGAUCUGAAGAACCUGCUUUUUAAUCCAAGUAAACCAUUCUCUAGAGGCAGUCAGCCUGCAGAUGUGGACCUCAUGAUUGACUGUCUUGUCUCUUGCUUUCGGAUAAGCCCUCACAACAACCAACACUUUAAGAUCUGCCUGGCUCAGAAUUCACCUUCUACAUUUCACUAUGUGUUGGUAAACUCACUGCACCGCAUCAUCACCAAUUCUGCGUUGGAUUGGUGGCCUAAGAUUGAUGCUGUAUAUUGUCACUCAGUUGAACUUCGGAAUAUGUUUGGUGAAACACUUCAUAAAGCAGUGCAAGGCUGUGGAGCACACCCAGCAAUACGAAUGGCACCAAGUCUCACCUUUAAAGAAAAGGUAACAAGCCUUAAAUUUAAAGAAAAGCCUACAGACCUAGAGACAAGGAGCUACAAGUGUCUUCUUUUGUCCAUGGUGAAACUGAUUCAUGCAGACCCAAAGCUUUUGCUUUGUAAUCCAAGAAAACAGGGCCCUGAAACUCAAAGCAGUACAGCAGAACUAAUUACAGGGCUCGUACAACUGGUUCCUCAGUCACACAUGCCAGAGGUCGCUCAGGAGGCUAUGGAGGCUUUGCUGGUCCUUCAUCAGUUAGAGAGCAUCGAUCUCUGGAACCCUGACGCUCCUGUAGAGACGUUCUGGGAAAUCAGCUCACAAAUGCUUUUUUACAUCUGUAAGAAAUUAACUAGCCAUCAAAUGCUUAGUAGCACAGAAAUUCUCAAGUGGUUACGGGAAAUUCUGAUCUGCAGAAAUAAAUUUCUUCUUAAAAAUAAGCAGGCAGAUAGAAGUUCCUGUCAUUCUCUCUACCUUUAUGGAGUAGGAUGUGAAAUGCCUGCUAGUGGCAAUACCACUCAGACGUCAGUUGAUCAUGAUGAGUUCCUACGUACCUGCACUCCUGGAGCAUCUCUGCGGAAAGGAAAGGGGAAUUCCUCAAUGGAUAGCACAGCAGGGUGCAGUGGAACCCCACCUAUAUGCCGGCAAGCCCAGACCAAGCUAGAAGUGGCCUUAUACAUGUUUCUGUGGAAUCCGGACACUGAAGCUGUUCUGGUUGCUAUGUCCUGUUUCCGCCACCUCUGUGAAGAAGCAGAUAUUCGAUGUGGAGUGGAUGAAGUGUCAGUACACAACUUCUUGCCCAACUAUAACACAUUCAUGGAAUUUGCCUCAGUCAGCAAUAUGAUGUCAACGGGAAGAGCAGCACUUCAGAAAAGAGUGAUGGCCCUGCUCAGGCGCAUUGAGCACCCUACUGCAGGAAACACUGAGGCUUGGGAAGAUACACAUGCAAAGUGGGAACAGGCUACAAAAUUAAUCCUUAACUACCCAAAAGCCAAAAUGGAAGAUGGCCAGGCUGCAGAAAGUCUUCAUAAGACCAUUGUUAAGAGACGGAUGUCCCAUGUCAGUGGAGGAGGCUCCAUAGACUUGUCUGACACAGACUCCCUACAGGAAUGGAUCAACAUGACUGGCUUCCUUUGUGCCCUUGGUGGGGUGUGCCUGCAACAGAGAAGCAGCUCUGGCCUAGCAACAUACAGCCCUCCUAUGGGUGCUGUCAGUGAACGCAAAGGGUCUAUGAUUUCUGUAAUGUCUUCUGAAGGGAAUAUUGAUUCACCUGUCAGCAGAUUUAUGGACCGGCUUCUGUCCUUAAUGGUGUGUAACCAUGAGAAAGUGGGGCUUCAGAUACGGACCAAUGUGAAGGACCUGGUGGGUCUGGAGUUGAGUCCUGCUCUGUAUCCAAUGUUGUUUAACAAACUGAAGAAUACCAUCAGCAAGUUUUUUGACUCUCAAGGACAGGUAUUAUUAAGUGACAGCAAUACUCAGUUUGUAGAGCAAACCAUAGCCAUAAUGAAAAACCUACUGGAUAAUCACACUGAAGGCAGCUCUGAGCAUCUGGGACAAGCGAGCAUUGAGACAAUGAUGCUAAAUCUGGUCAGAUACGUUCGUGUUCUUGGGAAUAUGGUCCAUGCAAUACAAAUAAAAACAAAAUUGUGUCAGUUAGUUGAAGUCAUGAUGGCAAGAAGAGACGACCUCUCGUUUUGUCAAGAGAUGAAAUUUAGGAAUAAGAUGGUAGAAUAUCUAACAGACUGGGUUAUGGGAACAUCAAACCAAGCAGCAGAUGAUGACAUAAAAUGUCUUACAAGAGAUCUGGACCAAGCAAGCAUGGAAGCAGUAGUUUCUCUCCUCGCUGGUCUUCCACUGCAGCCCGAAGAAGGAGACGGGGUGGAGCUGAUGGAGGCCAAAUCACAGUUAUUCCUUAAGUACUUCACAUUAUUUAUGAACCUUUUGAAUGACUGUAGUGAAGUUGAAGAUGAAAAUGCACAAACAGGUGGCAGGAAACGUGGCAUGUCUCGGAGGCUGGCAUCCCUGAGGCACUGUACAGUGCUUGCAAUGUCAAACUUACUCAAUGCUAAUGUGGACAGUGGACUCAUGCACUCCAUAGGCUUAGGUUAUCACAAGGAUCUUCAGACAAGAGCUACAUUUAUGGAAGUUCUGACAAAAAUCCUUCAACAAGGAACAGAAUUUGAUACGCUUGCGGAAACAGUGUUGGCAGAUCGAUUUGAGAGACUUGUGGAACUGGUCACAAUGAUGGGAGACCAGGGAGAACUCCCUAUAGCUAUGGCUCUUGCCAAUGUGGUCCCUUGUUCUCAGUGGGAUGAGCUGGCUCGAGUUCUGGUCACUCUGUUUGAUUCCCGGCAUUUACUCUACCAGCUGCUCUGGAACAUGUUUUCUAAGGAGGUAGAAUUGGCAGACUCCAUGCAGACUCUUUUUCGAGGCAACAGCUUGGCCAGUAAGAUAAUGACAUUCUGCUUCAAGGUGUAUGGUGCUACUUACCUACAGAAGCUCUUGGACCCUUUAUUACGAGUCAUUAUCACAUCUUCAGAUUGGCAACAUGUUAGCUUUGAAGUGGAUCCUACCAGGUUAGAACCCUCUGAGAGCCUUGAGGAGAACCAGAGGAACCUCCUUCAGAUGACAGAGAAGUUCUUCCAUGCCAUCAUCAGUUCUUCCUCAGAAUUUCCCUCACAGCUUCGAAGUGUCUGCCAUUGUUUGUACCAGGCAACUUGCCACUCCCUACUGAAUAAAGCUACAGUAAAAGAAAGAAAGGAAAACAAAAAAUCAGUGGUUAGCCAGCGCUUCCCUCAGAACAGCAUCGGCGCCGUAGGAAGUGCCAUGUUUCUCAGAUUCAUCAAUCCUGCCAUUGUCUCGCCAUAUGAAGCAGGGAUUUUAGAUAAAAAGCCACCACCUAGAAUCGAAAGGGGCUUGAAGUUAAUGUCAAAGGUACUUCAGAGCAUUGCCAAUCAUGUACUGUUCACAAAAGAAGAGCAUAUGAGGCCUUUUAAUGAUUUUGUGAAAAGCAACUUUGACUUGGCACGAAGGUUUUUCCUAGAUAUAGCAUCAGAUUGUCCCACAAGUGAUGCAGUAAACCAUAGUCUUUCCUUCAUCAGCGAUGGCAAUGUGCUUGCUUUACAUCGGCUGCUUUGGAACAAUCAGGAGAAAAUUGGCCAGUAUCUUUCCAGCAACAGGGAUCAUAAAGCUGUCGGAAGACGACCUUUUGAUAAGAUGGCCACACUUCUCGCAUAUCUGGGUCCUCCGGAGCACAAGCCUGUGGCAGAUACACACUGGUCCAGCCUUAACCUUACCAGUUCAAAGUUUGAGGAAUUUAUGACCAGGCACCAGGUGCAUGAGAAAGAAGAGUUCAAGGCCUUGAAAACAUUAAGCAUCUUCUACCAAGCUGGCACCUCCAAAGCUGGGAAUCCUAUUUUUUAUUAUGUUGCACGGAGGUUCAAAACUGGCCAAAUCAAUGGUGAUCUGCUGAUAUACCAUGUCUUGCUGACUUUAAAGCCAUAUUAUGCAAAGCCAUAUGAAAUUGUAGUGGACCUUACCCAUACUGGGCCUAGCAAUCGCUUUAAAACGGACUUCCUCUCUAAGUGGUUUGUUGUCUUUCCUGGCUUUGCCUAUGACAACGUCUCUGCAGUCUAUAUCUAUAACUGUAACUCCUGGGUCAGGGAGUAUACCAAAUACCAUGAGCGGCUGCUGACUGGCCUCAAGGGCAGCAAAAGGCUCAUUUUCAUCGACUGUCCUGGGAAGCUGGCUGAACACAUAGAGCACGAGCAGCAGAAACUCCCUGCUGCUACCUUGGCUUUGGAAGAGGAUCUAAAGGUUUUCCACAAUGCUCUCAAGCUAGCUCACAAGGACACCAAAGUUUCUAUUAAGGUUGGUUCUACUGCUGUUCAGGUAACCUCAGCAGAAAGAACAAAAGUUUUGGGGCAGUCCGUCUUUUUGAAUGAUAUCUACUAUGCUUCUGAGAUUGAAGAGAUCUGCCUAGUUGAUGAGAACCAGUUCACUUUAACCAUUGCAAACCAAGGCACACCACUGACCUUCAUGCACCAAGAAUGUGAAGCCAUUGUUCAGUCUAUCAUUCAUAUCAGGACCCGCUGGGAGCUGUCACAACCUGACUCCAUCCCUCAACAUACCAAGAUUCGACCAAAGGAUGUCCCUGGGACACUGCUUAAUAUUGCAUUACUGAAUUUGGGCAGUUCAGACCCGAGCUUACGGUCUGCUGCCUAUAAUCUCCUGUGUGCCUUAACCUGUACCUUUAAUUUAAAGAUUGAAGGUCAGUUGCUAGAAACAUCGGGGUUAUGCAUCCCUGCCAACAACACACUCUUCAUUGUCUCUAUCAGUAAGACGCUCGCAGCCAAUGAGCCACACCUCACCUUAGAGUUUUUGGAAGAGUGUAUUUCUGGAUUUAGCAAAUCUAGUAUUGAAUUGAAGCACCUUUGUUUGGAAUAUAUGACCCCAUGGCUGUCAAAUCUAGUCCGUUUUUGUAAGCAUAAUGAUGAUGCCAAACGACAAAGGGUUACUGCCAUCCUUGAUAAGCUAAUAACAAUGACUAUAAACGAGAAGCAGAUGUAUCCUUCUAUUCAAGCAAAAAUCUGGGGGAGCCUUGGGCAGAUCACAGACCUGCUGGAUGUUGUGCUUGACAGUUUCAUCAAGACCAGUGCGACAGGAGGCUUAGGGUCUAUCAAAGCUGAGGUGAUGGCAGACACAGCUGUGGCUUUAGCUUCUGGAAAUGUGAAAUUGGUGUCGAGUAAGGUUAUUGGAAGGAUGUGUAAAAUAAUUGACAAGACUUGCUUAUCUCCAACUCCAACUUUAGAACAACAUCUUAUGUGGGACGAUAUUGCCAUUUUAGCCCGCUACAUGCUGAUGCUGUCCUUCAACAACUCCCUCGAUGUGGCAGCUCAUCUUCCCUAUCUCUUCCAUGUUGUCACUUUCUUAGUAGCCACAGGUCCCUUGUCCCUUCGAGCUUCCACACAUGGGCUGGUCAUCAAUAUAAUUCACUCUCUGUGUACUUGUUCGCAGCUUCAUUUUAGUGAAGAGACCAAGCAAGUUUUGAGGCUCAGUCUAACAGAGUUCUCAUUACCCAAAUUUUACUUACUGUUUGGCAUUAGCAAAGUCAAGUCAGCUGCUGUCAUUGCCUUCCGUUCCAGUUACCGGGACCGGUCCUUUUCCCCUGGCUCCUAUGAGAGGGAGACUUUUGCUUUGACGUCCCUGGAAACAGUCACAGAAGCUUUGCUGGAGAUCAUGGAGGCAUGUAUGAGAGAUAUUCCAACGUGCAAGUGGCUGGAUCAGUGGACAGAACUGGCUCAAAGAUUUGCGUUUCAGUAUAACCCAUCGCUGCAGCCAAGAGCUCUUGUGGUGUUUGGCUGUAUCAGCAAACGAGUGUCUCAUGGGCAGAUAAAGCAGAUUAUCCGAAUUCUUAGCAAGGCACUUGAAAGUUGUUUAAAAGGACCUGACACUUACAACAGUCAAGUUCUGAUAGAAUCCACGGUGAUAGCGCUAACAAAAUUACAGCCGCUUCUUAAUAAGGACUCACCACUGCACAAAGCCCUCUUUUGGGUUGCUGUGGCUGUGCUGCAGCUAGACGAGGUCAACUUGUAUUCAGCGGGCACUGCACUUCUGGAACAAAACCUGCAUACCUUGGACAGUCUCCGGAUAUUCAAUGACAAGAGUCCGGAAGAAGUAUUUAUGGCAAUCCGGAAUCCUCUGGAAUGGCACUGCAAGCAGAUGGAUCACUUUGUCGGACUCAAUUUCAACUCUAACUUUAACUUUGCACUAGUUGGACACCUCUUAAAAGGGUACAGGCAUCCUUCACCUGCCAUUGUUGCAAGAACAGUCAGAAUUUUGCAUACACUACUAACUCUCGUUAACAAACAUAGAAAUUGUGACAAAUUUGAGGUGAAUACACAGAGUGUGGCUUACUUAGCAGCUCUACUCACAGUGUCCGAAGAGGUUCGAAGUCGCUGUAGCCUCAAGCAUAGGAAGUCCCUUCUUCUUACUGAUAUUUCAGUGGAAAAUGUUCCUAUGGAUACAUAUCCCAUUCAUCAUGGUGACCCCAGCUAUAGGACACUAAAGGAGACCCAGCCAUGGUCCUCUCCCAAAGGUUCAGAAGGAUACCUUGCAGCCACCUACCCAGCUGUAGGCCAAACCAGUCCCCGAGCCAGGAAGUCCAUGAGCUUGGACAUGGGACAGCCUUCUCAGGCCAACACAAAAAAAUUGCUUGGAACAAGAAAAAGUUUUGAUCACUUGAUAUCUGACACAAAGGCUCCUAAAAGACAAGAAAUGGAAUCAGGGAUUACAACACCCCCCAAAAUGAGAAGAGUGGCAGAGACCGACUAUGAAAUGGAAACCCAAAGGAUCCCCUCCUCGCAGCAGCACCCACAUUUACGGAAAGUCUCAGUCUCUGAAUCAAAUGUUCUUUUGGAUGAAGAAGUUCUUACUGACCCAAAGAUCCAAGCACUGCUUCUUACUGUUCUGGCUACACUGGUAAAAUAUACUACAGAUGAAUUUGAUCAACGGAUUCUUUAUGAAUAUCUAGCAGAGGCCAGCGUUGUGUUUCCCAAAGUGUUUCCUGUUGUGCACAAUUUGUUGGACUCUAAGAUCAAUACCCUCUUGUCUUUAUGCCAAGAUCCAAAUUUGUUAAAUCCAAUCCAUGGAAUUGUGCAGAGUGUGGUGUACCAUGAGGAAUCCCCUCCACAGUACCAAACAUCUUACCUGCAAAGUUUUGGUUUUAAUGGCUUAUGGCGGUUUGCAGGACCCUUUUCAAAGCAAACACAAAUCCCAGACUAUGCUGAGCUCAUUGUUAAAUUUCUUGAUGCCUUGAUUGACACGUACUUGCCUGGAAUUGAUGAAGAAACCAGUGAGGAGUCCCUCCUGACACCCACAUCUCCUUACCCUCCUGCACUGCAGAGCCAGCUUAGUAUCACUGCCAACCUUAACCUCUCUAAUUCCAUGACCUCACUUGCAACUUCCCAGCAUUCCCCAGGACUUGACAAGGAGAACGUUGAACUCUCCCCCACCACUGGCCACUGUAACAGUGGACGGACUCGCCAUGGAUCCGCAAGCCAAGUGCAGAAGCAAAGAAGUGCUGGCAGUUUCAAACGUAAUAGCAUUAAGAAGAUCGUGUGAAGCGUUCUUUGUUUCACUCUUCAAACCAACCUAACAUGGCUUCUCACUAGUGACCCCUCACCUUGCACUGCUGCACUUCGUGUCUUAUGAUCCCAUCUGGUUGCCGUGUCGCCAGACGGUCAUCUCUUGGAGCAUUGCCUAAGUUUAAUGCUGCUUUUCUUUGAUGUUUUUCCUUCUACUUUGGCAUGUGUCUGGUCGAGCACUUGUUCUGAGGACAGCAGAGAAAGCAGGCGAUCAGGAGGCCUGACUGAGAGCGUGGACUGUGGGUGUGGAUGAACCCUCCAGUGCUAGCGCUGCCUCCAGCCGUGGGCCGUACACAGAGGACAGUCUUUUGUGUUCCCAUCUUACAGAGUGAAGGCAUCGUCUUAGUUACACACUUAUAAGUUUGGGGGAGAAAUCAUAUUUUACCCCCAGUGUAUUUAAUCUUCUAGCUGUGGACUUUUUGUUUACCUUAGGAAGUUGAAGGAACCACAGAGGCCAAGCCUCAAUAAAGCCACAGGCCAGAGACUGGGGGAGGGGCAAACUAAUAUUCUGUAACGGAUUCUUAAGAAAUAACUAACAUUUGAGUCUUAGCAAUAAGUACAGGAAAAUAAGCAUGACACAUACAUCUUAACAUGGCUGAAUUAAAGCUGUCGGUUCUGAGGCCUUAUACAUACUUGGUCAUCCAAACUGGGUAAUUUUUUUUCCUGUUGAUUAUCUUUUAAUUUUUACAUAUGAAGGUGUUUUGGUUUUUUUGUUUUGUUUUGUUUUUUAAGCCAAGACUGUACUAAGUAUAGAAACUACACUUGUUUUUGCACUUGCUUUCUCCUCUUUCCUGAGUGACUCUAAGCAGGGUCAUUUGCAGACAGAGUGGUGAGACUUGUCCCACAAGGUAAUUUUCAUAGCUGUUUCCAUUAGCUCCGUAGCAAAAUGGAAUGGUACGUGACAUAGGGUAGGUGAUAUUUUUAUUUUGUUAAAUAAUUUUCCAAGAAACAGAAUAUGCUGUAUAUUAUAAAUUUCUUUGAUAAGAUGUAUUUUUUAAAUCUUUUAAUCUUACUCCUCUCCUCCAAAUAAAAUCAGGAAUCUCUAGCAAAAUAUUUGGAUUCUAUGUGAUAGGAUUGCAUUUAGUCACUGUGAAGUCUGGCUGGCCUGUGUGGUGAGGACUCAGACCCUCUAGGACACAGGCCCUCUAGGACUCAGGCCCUCUAGGACACAGGCCCUCUAGGACUCAGGCCCUCUAGGAUACAGCCCCUCUAGGACUCAGGCCCUCUAGGACACAGGCCCUCUAGGAUUUCUGCUGUGCAGAGUGGCUGGACCAGUGGGGCUCAGGCCCUUCCAAGGGAUGCACACCCAGCUGCUUCAUGGUACCUGCAGGAUGCAAGACAGUUUGACUUUAGUGAGCACAGUAGUACAUGGAUGCUCUCAUUUAAGAUUGAACUAUAUUUAUUUUUAAAAGGUAUUAUCCCUCUACUCCCAGGUUCCCUUCAUAUAUUAAGACAUAAUGGCUUUGGGAGGGACCAAAAGAAACCCAGUAGGGUGUGGACAGGUCCUGGAGUGCUGGCUCACUAGUGGAUUUCAGUAAGUUAAACUCCACAACUAAGUCAAUAAAUAAUGGUACAUUUAAAUAUUCUGACCUUAAUAAUAUAACACAUUUCACACUUAUCCAUACAGUAACAAUGUAAUAUGUUAAUGUAAAUAAAAUUGCUUUUGAUAUUCAGAAAUAACAAUUUAAUUUUUUUAAUUUGUUUACAGCCCUGGGAAAAGUAAGAACCAUUUGCCAAAAUAAAAGGAAAAACCCUUAGUGUUAGUAGUGAUUUUAACAUAGAAUCAUUGGAGAAUAUUGAAAACAGAUGCAGCAAACUGAGCUCUUGGUUUUAGCCAUUGUAAAGGCUACCUUAGAAUGGCUGUCAGAGCAGGCCCCCAAGGUUGUGAGGCUUAGCCGCAGCAGGAGGCCCGGCUUCCCACCGCAGUGUUGCUGGGGUGCACCUCGCUCUGACUCCUGCAACCAUGGGCAGCACAGCCUGAGGCUGCUCUAACUCUAGUUGCUUGGCUUUUUUAAUGGUGGCCAUUACUGGCCCAUUACUGUUUUGCUUCCCCCAUCAAAACAGGACAACUUGUAAGUGUGUGCUCUUCCUACAGUGGGUUUCCCCAUAGUUCUUAAACUGCCCCCACUUGAGCUCCCAUGGAAAGAUCAAAUGAAGCCACUUCUGACCCAUACAUCCCAGGAAACUGGGGAAGAGUUCCAGUUUUAUCCAACACACAGAACUUCCGGCUUUUGAGGAAAGUCUAACUUUGCAAACAACUGAACCUAUAGAGCUUAAAAAGUGUCACUAGCUGCCCCUCCCCCAAAGAAGACUCUAAUUACAGGAGCAGCUGAAGGUCUGGAUGGCUCAUUUUACACAAUUUGGUGUGAGUUCUGUGAUUCAUUUUCAACUUGUGUUUCCCUGACUUAAAAGAAAACAAAAAACAAAAAACCCAGUAACGGCUGUGUUUGUGUGUUUGGCUGGUACUCCUCCCCUGGGCUCCUAUGCCCUCCACUGUGGGGACACCGCAUUCUGCUGGCCAGUUACUCUUACCUGCACAGUGCUGAGCCCGGAGCCUGGACAGUGCAGACUGCCACAGCCCCAGUGGGGGGACUCACACACCAGCAACCCCUUCCUCAGGGGUUCAAGGUUGCAAGUUUCCUGUGGGAGAUCUGGCUUUUGUUUUCCAGGUUUGGGGGAAAUUUCCCCCCCUUUUUUUUUACAUUUACCCCCCCCCCAAAGCAUAUUGAAGCAUGUCUUAUUCAAUGUUAUGCAAUGGAAUUCCACAAAAAUUCACUUAGUGUCAGCCACAUAUUUUUUUUUAAUGCGGUAUAUUCCCCUGUAAAUAGUUUGUGUAAAAUUUGACAGAAAAGUCUAUUUACUACAUUGUAAAUACAUGUGAUGAUAUAUUGUAUUAUUUUGCUUUUUUGUAAAGCAGUUAGUUGCUGUACAUGGAUAACAAACAAAAAUUUGAUUAUUCUUGUGUUCAUAUUGUUAACCUCUUCCUGCGACUGCGUUACAUCAUUUAAAGAAAAUGCUGUGUAUUGUGAACUGACCUUGUAUAUGAUUAACUUACUCCCCUCCCUAACCAGUGGUUCCCUGCCUACAGCCUUGUUGAUAAUGUAAGCAGCAGGAGAACUUCUGCCUGACACACAGACUCCACUGCUGUGGGGAAACGUCUGUCUCAGAGCAUCGGCCUCACUUGCUCCUGUCCUGUGUAUGCCCUCCCUCCCUCCGUCCCNC